AUGUCGUACGUUGCACGCAAAGGACCUGCCGUCUAUUCUGCCCUCGGCAAAUGGGCCUAUAACAUGGCCGGUUUCAACCAGUACGGCCUCCACCGUGAUGACUGUCUGUACGAGAACGACGAUGUUAAGGAAGCGAUCCGUCGCCUGCCUGAGAAACUGAAGGAUGAACGCAAUUACCGCAUUACACGCGCUCUGCACCUUUCGAUGACGAAAACCAUUCUACCGAAGGAACAGUGGACGAAGUACGAGGAAGAUACCAAAUACCUUGAACCUUACCUGCAGGAGGUGGUCCACGAACGUGAGGAGAAGGUUAAGUGGGAAUCGAACAAGUAA